AUGGUAGACCUGGUCCUCCAUACAUGUCCACUAGAGGAAGGCUGUACUUCUCUGGCCUCAGCUCUGAGCUCCAACCCCUCCCAUCUGAGAGUGCUGGACCUGAGCUACAAUCAUCCAGGAGACUCAGGAGUGAAGCGGCUUUCUGCUUUACUGGAGGAUCCAAACUGCAGACUGGACACUCUCAGGGUGGACCAUGGUGGACCACAGAGACUGAGACCUGGUGUGAGGAAGUAUGUCUGUGAACUGGAACUGGACACAAACACAGCAAACAGACACCUCAAACUGUCUGACAACAACAGGAAGGUGACAGAUGUGGAGGAGGAUCAGUCAUAUCCUAAUCAUCCAGACAGAUUUGACCACUGGUCUCAGCUGCUGUGUAGAGAUGGUCUGACUGGUCGCUGUUACUGGGAGGUCGAGAGGAGAGGAGGGGUUGAGAUAUCAGUGAGUUACAGAGGAAUCAGAAGGAAAGGAGACAGUGAAGACUGUGUGUUUGGAUGUAGUGAUCAGUCCUGGAGUCUGGUCUGCUCUGAUGAACAUGGUUACUCUGUCUUGCACAAUAAGAGAAGAACAGUCCUCACGUCCUGCUUUGUCUCUAACAGAGUAGCAGUGUAUGUGGACGUUCCUGCUGGCUCUCUGUCCUUCUACACAGUCUCCUCUGACUCACUGAUCCACCUCCACACCUUCAACACCACAUUCACUCAGCCUCUCUAUCCUGGGUUUGGGGUCUGGUCUACUGGUUCCUCAGUGUCUCUGUGUCCUCUGCAGGACUGAGAGUCUCUCCUGUGGACAGAAACACUGACUGAAGACCAGCU